UGACCUAAUUUGUCCCAUUUUAUAGAGUAGGAGUGCAGUGCGACUGUAUUUUCAUAAUUCUGCUUUUAAAUAGGGUCCUCUUCCGUUGGAAUUCAGUGUUUCAGUGACUUCAGUCUCUGCCUGCACAUUCUUCUCCUUCAUUCAGCCGUCGUCGAGAGAGUGUCGGCGCAAAUGCUGUCCUUGCCUUCUUCCUCCUCCACACUCCCUCUCUUCUCUCAGGUACCCUCCUUGUCCAACAACCUCACUCCCACUCCCCCUGCUUCCCUCUCCUUAAGCACUCCCAGGCGGUUGGGCUCCGCGCCGGCGGCCAUGGAAGCCUCCCACGCCGGCCUUCCAUCUGACCCUCCCAAAGAGGCCAAGCUCUGGGGCGGUCGAUUCGAAAAGAGCGUCACCGACGCCGUCGAGAAGUUCACCGAGUCCAUCUCCUACGACAAGGCCCUCUACAAGCACGACAUCAUGGGCAGCCGAGCUCACGCCUCUAUGCUUGCUCGUCAGGGAUUGAUGAGUGCGAGCGACAGGGAUUGUAUAUUGGGAGGGCUCGAUGAGGUUGAGAGGCGCAUUGAAGCUGGGGAGUUUGUGUGGAGGACUGAUAGAGAGGACGUGCAUAUGAACAUUGAGGCGGCGCUCACUGAUUUGAUUGGCGAGCCUGCGAAGAAGCUUCACACGGCGAGAAGUCGGAAUGAUCAAGUUUUGACGGAUUUUCGACUGUGGUGUCGCGAUGCUAUUGAUGCGAUUGUUGCGCGCAUUAAGAACCUCCAGGUUGUGCUGGUGACCUUGGCUGUAAAUAAUGAGGGCCUGAUUGUCCCUGGUUAUACUCAUCUACAAAGAGCACAACCUGUUCUGCUGCAACAUAAUCUCUUGGCAUACAUUGAGCAGCUUGAACGUGAUGCUGGUCGUUUACUAGAUUGCAAAGUUAGGCUGAAUUUCUGCCCUCUGGGUGCAUGUGCGUUGGCUGGCACUGGCCUUCCUAUUGAUAGGUUUAUGACUUCUGAAGCUUUAGGAUUCACUGCUCCCUUGAGGAACAGCAUUGAUGCAGUUUCAGACCGUGAUUUUGCCUUGGAGUUUCUUUCUGCUAAUUCUAUCAUAGCCAUUCAUCUUUCUCGGCUUGGCGAAGAAUGGGUAUUGUGGGCUUCAGAGGAGUUUGGAUUUCUCACUCCUAGUGAUUCUGUUUCAACUGGAAGUAGCAUAAUGCCUCAGAAGAAAAACCCAGAUCCAAUGGAACUUGUUCGUGGAAAAUCUGCUAGAGUUGUGGGGGAUCUCACAACCCUUCUCCUACUGUGCAAAGGACUUCCUCUGGCUUAUAAUCGUGAUUUGCAGGAAGAUAAGGAGCCUGUAUUUGACAGUGUCAAGACAGUGGUAGGGAUGCUUGAAGUGUCCGCAGAGUUUGCUCAGAACAUUACUUUUAACCGGGAGAGAAUACAGAAGGCUUUGCCUGCCGGUCAUCUUGAUGCCACAACACUAGCAGAUUAUCUUGUGAUUAAGGGAGUACCUUUCAGGACUGGUCAUGACAUAGUUGGAAGGUCUGUAGCUUUGUGCGUCUCAAAGAACUGCCAGCUCCAGGACCUUAGUCUUGAUGAGCUGAAGAGUGUAAGUUCUGUGUUCGAUGAGGAUGUAUAUGAGUUCCUUGGAGUAGAUAAUGCUGUCAAGAAAUUCUGUUCCUAUGGUUCCACUGGUUCAGAGUGUGUUGCCAAUCAACUUGACUACUGGAUUGCUAAGCUUGAUCUCAACACAGAGAAACAUCACUGAAAAAAUGCUGAUGCCAUUAGUUACUUAAGAUCGAAUACCUGCCAUAUUCAAGAAGCAAUAGAUUUAUGGGAACUUGGGAAUGGUGAUGGGCAAAGCUCAGAUGGAGAACUUGGAACGGGUGAACGUGGUUGACAUUAAAGGUUCCAAAAUUAUCGUCAGUUCCCAAUUUUUCUAGACGUUAACGUCAUAUUUAUUUUUGGCAAUUGUGUACUGUACAGAGGAGUACCCUGAGUGGACUCCAUUCUGGGAUUGCUCAAAACAUUGUUUUUGGUAAAUAAAUGAGGUUUUGUGGUGUUUC